CUAUCCUACAACGUCAGGGGGUCAUUAAUAACCAAUUAGGAGGGUCACUUAAGCACAUAUAAAGAGAGCUGAGAUUUUGAUAAGGGGGAAUUUUCUCAGGUUUAGUGUCUCACAGGAAGGGAUGUUGGCAAGAAAGUCUGCUCCUUAAGUCAACAAAAAUAACUACAGGGAAGAGACAACCACACUUUUUGAGACAUACAAAACUGUUUUUACUCUUGCCUACCCUUUGUUUUGUUUCCAGUGGAGCUUCUCUUUGUGUUUUUGUGUGUGUGUUUUGUACGCUGCUGUUCGCUGACAAGGGACUGCCAUGGGAUCAGUGCUUCCAGCAGAGACACUCACGUUGAAGUCUGCCCUGAAGCAGCCAGGCCUCUCCCUGGCUGAGAUUAUCACCUCGGACAUCCUGCACAGUUUCCUGUAUGGCAGGUGGAGAAACGUCCUUGGCGAGCAGCUCUUUGAGGAGAAAACUAGCCACAGCGGUAGCAGUAGCCACACUCACCCUAAAACUGCCUUUACAGCUGAAGUGCUUGCUCAGUCAUUCUCUGGGGAGGUGCAGAAGUUGUCCAGCUUGGUUCUCCCCUCCGAGGUCAUCAUAGCUCAGAGUUCCAUCCCUGGAGAAGGACUGGGGAUUUUCUCCAAGACCUGGAUCAAAGCUGGCACUGAAAUGGGACCUUUCACCGGUAGAGUCAUCUCCUCUGAACACGUGGACCUCUGUAAGAACAAUAACCUUAUGUGGGAGGUCUUUAAUGAAGAUGGUACUGUGCGCUACUUUAUUGAUGCCAGUCAAGAGGACCAUCGGAGCUGGAUGACUUACAUUAAAUGCGCCCGUAAUGAACAAGAGCAGAAUCUCGAGGUAGUUCAGAUUGGAAACAGCAUAUUUUACAAAGCUAUUGAGACAAUACCUCCAGAUCAAGAAUUACUGGUUUGGUAUGGAAACUCUCACAACACUUUCCUCGGUAUCCCUGGUGUGCCUGGACUGGAGGAGGAACAGAAAAAGCAUAAGCAAGAUGAGUUACAUGCAGUAGAUAGCACUGCUGCCACAGGGGGUCGAAUGCGUUGUGUGAUCUGCCACCGUGGAUUCAACUCACGAAGCAACCUUCGCUCUCAUAUGCGUAUCCAUACAUUGGAUAAACCCUUUGUGUGCCGCUUCUGCAAUCGUCGUUUCAGCCAAUCAUCCACCCUCAGAAACCAUGUUCGACUGCACACAGGGGAACGCCCAUACAAGUGUCAGGUCUGUCAAAGUGCCUAUUCUCAACUUGCUGGACUCCGGGCACACCAGAAGAGUGCCAGACACCGGCCUCCUAAUGGCAGUCUACAGCCGCAUUCACCAACACUGCCAGUACCCCAUCCUGCUUCUCUAGCACAUCACAUCCCAACUAUGGUGCUGUGAUCAAAUCCCACUAAGAGCACUUCAGCAGACAGAGUUAAAAAGAAAUAUAUAUAUUGUAUAUAUACAUAUGGAAAUAAAUGCAUAUAUAUAUAUAUAUGGAAGAUAUAGGCAUAUGUGUCCCUCGCCCUUGUAUACUGGCACUGCAAAUUGACUUUUUUACUUUGUACUUUAACAACAAUGGGUGAUGAGGCACAUGCUAUUUUAGCUGUGGACUGAAGAACAUUUUACUAGGCACUCAAUACUUUCAUGUAAUUCCUUCUGUUAAACAGGUUGCAUGGUAUGAUUUUACUAUGACUCUGAACUGCUAGAGCCAUAUAUGGCCAAAGUAUAUGCAAUUUUCUGCUCAUGUGGACAGACUGCAAAUUUUGUAUGUGUAUACACACACAGGAACACAGACACAUACCAGUUUCAUUCAUAAAAUAGAACAAACAAGUUCCCUUGCCUAGCAUGUCUUUACCAUGCAUCCAUUACAAGGCCAUUGAAGAAGUGCUUUGAGCAUUACAAAAUGGAGGAUGUAGCAGACACUUACCACGGACAACAGCAUUACUUCUAGGAAGAAGCUGUUGGGUGCUGUGCAAUAUAACCUGGGUAUGAACUGGGUACUGGUCUGCCACUAAGUGGACAAGAGACUCCAGAGAAAAGUCGGAGCCAAAAAUUUGAGUAAUGUAGUUAUUUAAAUAGGUGGGGGAAGGUCACUGGUACGAGCACACUUAAAUCAUAGUUAAAUAAACAAAAUCACGCAAAAUUGCACUUCACUGAAAAAAAACACAUUAGUAAAUAUAUAAAUCCAUGAACAAUUAAUAUGAAAGCAUUCACAUACAUUCAGAUGAAAUAAUCACAAAAGCAGUCAUUUGAAUAUACCAUCAAAAUUAAAACUACACCCUCUUCAACAGCAACUGCAACUGGGGGGAUAAUUAAAGUCAACAAAACACCUUUUUCACACAGUUCUUUGUCUCCUACAUUAUUCUAAACAUACAUUUUUAACAAAUUGUGACCUAGUUUCCUGUUAUUGACUAAGUUUGAUUCAACUAAACAUGAAUUUACAAACUAUCUUACUGCUUAGUUAAAUUCAUGGUAUAAACAGUUAUUGUUCCAGACCUGAAAUCAAUGUAUUUAACACAAUAUAGACUAUAAUGCCUCAAAAUAUCAAAAAAAAAAAUCUGACUCAUUUGACUUAGGUCACUGGAGUAAUAUUUUUUGGCAGUAUUAACUUUAAUAAUAUUUUGCAAUCUUAAUAGUCACAGGAGAAAUGUUAGAUAUGGUGUAAUUUGGAUUAUCUGGAUGGGAAUAGAAAGUAUAGCAUCUGUACUCUUAAGCUGGUAAGCUUGACCUAUAGAAAAUGAAGCCUUUGAGCACUGCUAGUUACCAGAAGAUGGAGCUUUUUAUAUCUCCUUUGAACAUCCUCUAACAUCUACUAAAUUACCUCACACCUGAAAAAAGUCUUGUCUUUUCUUUUAAUGUUCAGAUUUUCAUUCUAAGCUAUAAAGUUAAACACACUAGAAUACCACUUAGGGGGUGCUGUAGACUGAGGCAAUCCAUUUCUUUUAAGAUGCCAUGUUAGAUUCAAAUACGUAUUUGUUUAUAAUGGUAACAUUAAAGGUAAAAAUGAAAAAAGAGAAAAAAAAGGGGCUACAGCAUCUAGCAGUAAGACAUUCUUGCUUACUGGCUACCGUGGUGUCUUUAAUGUAUUCAGACAGAUCAUUAUAUGAAUAGGUAACAAUUUCUGUAUGUCAGCUGUACUUAAUUCUACAACAGUUUUAGAUCCCCCCAUAACAUUUAUUUUUCUGUCUCUCUCUCUCUCUCUCUCUCUGUUUUGUUUUUUUACUGCAGGAAUUCCCAAUAAUUAGUGAGGAACUACUGUAGCAUAAGAAACUACAGGCCUUCAGUUGUUAUUUUCACGUACUUAUACUUUUACACUAAAGACCAAUUUACUAAUUAAGAUGUGGGGAGGGGCAAUGCUUAAAAGCUGGAAUUUUUGGCACUAGAUACCUCUAAAUAUGUAAGCAAAGAUACUUUAGGUCAUAAAGCACAAAUACGCUCCAAAUAAAAAUAAGAUGUCAAUAUUUACAGUCUCUGUAAAAACGUUAAAAUAAAAUUUAGGACCACACAUUAAGACUCAUGCUAUCAUAAGCAGUAAUACUUGUACAGAAUUUUUAGAUUUAGCUAACUAAUUGUUUAAUCCCACUGCCUUAAAGGUCCAUUCACAGAUUAGACUCAUAACACUGUUUCGGUAUUAUUUUAAGGUUUUUCAAAAAAACUUGUCUGUGUGGUCAAGCAGGGGUUCACAGCAUAUUUUAAGGCUAGUCUAAAACUUCUAAAAUGAAUUAUUCCUUCAUCAGGAAGGUGUUCAAAUUUUCUAAAGUCAACCACUUCUAAUAUUUAAUUUCUGAAGUUGUGAGUCAAAAGAAGAACAUGUUUUGGGAUAUUUAUGGUUUGCAAAAAUGCAGCUUCUUUUAGAAAAAGAAUAAUUAUUUAAGAGUUUUAUGUUGAUGGUUAUCUGAACUAUGGGUUGUUUCUGAAAGAUGUAAUCUGUUUUAUUCUGGAAAUUUUUGUCAUAUUUUAAAAUUACAAAAGUGCAACUGACUUAAUCCGUGUCAUUCAGAGCAGGGUACAUUCAUCUAAUAUGAGAGCACAAUGUAUAUAGACAUUCUGAGUACAAAAAAUAUUUCAGGUUACCUUUUUAACAGUUUAUGAAGGAUUUAGAAGAACUUAAUAGUUGUGUAUCACAAUUUUAUGUCACAUACUGCCCUCUUGUGGUCAAGUUUAUUUUAUUAUUAUUAUUUUUUUAUGUUUUUAUUUUUUUUAGUCUUCCAUAUUUGGUCUACACUGCAUACUGCUUCCUGUAGUGUCCUUAUAUUACAUCUCCUAUUAUGGAGGUAUUUAUAAUAUACUUAAAAAGAUGGUUGUUAAACAAAGAGUUUUUCAUGAACUGUUUGGGCUACUUCCGGAAAAGAAAAGUCACUUUAACCUUGUAAAUAAUUAUGUAAAUUGUUAUUUACAAAACUUUGUUAUUAUAAAGUUGUAAAUGUAAGCAAUUGUAAAUACUUUGUACUUUAUCUUAAUAUUGUAAAUAAAUGGUCGCAUAAACAUUC